AUGCGUUUCAAUAACAACUUCCUUUGGCUCGCCUCCUUCCUCGGCGUCGCAACCGCUCUCCGUCGAGGCUGCAGGCCCGACACCAAAAGCGACACCGGCGCCGGCUUUUACACCUUUACAGUACUCGACACGUGGAUUUCUGUCGCGGGUGACUUUUGCACCAAUCAAGUAGAGAUGCAAAAAAUGAACCCUGGCAUCUCUUUCGAACCCGGAGACAUCUGCUAUGUUCCUUGCAAAGUUCGAACGCGCGAUUGCUCUCGGAUACCGGGCAGUAAUGAUGGCUACUACACGGUCGUCGAGGGUGACGAGGUGACACCGGUUGCGGAAGAUUUUUGCUCAACUGUCGAGGAUUUGACGUCCAACAACCCCGACGCGAUUACGAGCAACACACUCACGCCUGGCACGAUCCUGAAAGUUCCUUGCUCUUGGAACUAG